CACUCUCAUUUCAAAUCGCAGCUCAAAGUUUCAUCCUAUAUACAAACCCCUUCUCUCUCUCUCUCUCUCUCUCUCUCUCUCUCUCUCUCUAUCUAAGGAAUGUGGAAGGUGGUAGAGAAUCACUGUAGGGGGAGUGGAUGAUAAAACCCUUUGAUUCUUCUCUCUGUGGGUGCGUGUCUUCUUGUUCCUUCAGCUUCUGUGUGUAGGUUCGGUUCGGUUCGGUGGCGGAGCAGCUGAGGCGCUGGGGCUAGGGUUCCUUCGUUGCUCUGAAUCCGAGGAGAAGAAUAUUUGGGUGGAGGAGGUCCCUUUUGCUUAUAUAUAAUAUAGGUAUAUAUUGGUAUUGUUCAUAUGGAGAAGGUAUUGCCCAAGAAAAAUGCCCACCCGGGUGAGGGUCUAGAGGAUUCUGAGAUAAAGGGGGUGUCGUCGCUGCUGAAAAUGAGGGAAGGGUGGAGAGAAGAUGCGGCUGAUGGUAAGGCCGAGGGCUUGGGUUUUGUUUUGCGUGGGAUUGACAUGAACCGUGAGGAUAAUGGCGAUAAGAAACAAGAAGCUGACGAAGGUUUACCUGAUGGGGCGAGUGUUUCCAUUGGAGCGUCUGGCUUAGGUAGCAAGGGUGAUCUUGGAGUUAACGGUAAUGUUUCUGCUGAAAAUGGAGGAGGCCAGGACGUGGAGACUGGGAAGCUGGGUUUCGAAAGCAAGAAUGAGGAAGGGGAUUUGGUGGGUCUAGAGGAGUACAAGUACUCUGUUGGAGAUUUUGUUUGGGGUAAGAUCAAAAGUCAUCCUUGGUGGCCAGGCCGGGUCUAUGAUUCUUCGGUGGCUUCAGAAUAUGCUGCCAAGCUCAGGCAAGAAGGGAAGCUGCUCGUUGCGUACUUUGGGGAUGGGACUUUCGCUUGGUGCCACCCUUCACAGCUGAGAUCGUUUGAGGAGAACUUCGAGGAGAUGGUGAAGCAGAGCAGCUCGAAGGCCUUCCUUCAUUCUGUGAAGGAGGCCGUGGAAGAGAUUGGGAGGCUAGUAAACUCGAAGAUGACCUGCCCUUGUGUGAGAGGAACUGAACAGAAUGGACCAUUUGUGGUGAAUUCUGGUGUUAAAGAAGGUGUUUUGUUGCCUGAUGAGGGAAUCGGGAAGCUUGAGGUUGCAUCGAUUGAACCAACCGAUUUGCUGACGAUUUUGAGACAUAAAGCACAGGUGGCUGAUGUAGCCUGUGGGAUUGAGCUUGGCAUCUUGAAAGGCUGGAUUUUGGGCUAUUAUCGUGCAAAAGCUGGGUUCAGAUACGAGCUGCCUGUGUGUGUUGAGCCCGAGCCCAUUCCAGGUCUUGAAGAUCGGAGGGAUGGAGGGCGAAAUGGAAGAGAGGAUGGGGGGAAUGGCGUAAUGGGAGUUUUAAGUCGAGGGCCUGUUGAAGAAGAGAAGGAAGGCGAAAAGCAUGGGGCAUCAGAAAAUGGAACUCAAAGGAAGCAGAAAAGCAUUGCGGAGAUUUUGGGUUCCGGUCCACAUUCAAAGGACAAGGUUGGUCAACGGAAGAGGAAGAUGACUAAUCUCCUGGAAUCUUCCCCAGUGAUGCAUAGUGGAGGGUCAGGUAGAGAAGGCAAACAGGAGAAGAAGAAGAGAGGAAGGAAGAAGAAGACGGCGACGCCAGGGGGUGAAAGUGAUGGAGGUGGGGUGGAAGAAUCUGAGCAGCAGAAAGACAAGACAGGUGACGAGACUGGGGCCAAAGGCUCGGGUGAGAAGGGAUAUGUGUCGAGGGAAAGAAAGAAGAGCAAGUAUUUGUCUCCUCCGUACCUGAACCUUAACAAAGGAGAUAAGAAGGGUGAUAUAAUGGCUGAAUCGCUGAGGGUUUCUGGCAUUGUUCGCUUAGGGGAGCGCUUGAGCAAUGCCGCUGAGAACCUUGUUGUGCCCCAGGAGAAGUUUUCUCCUAAAAGUCCUAGAAAAGUUCAGACCGAGCUGAAGACACUCAGUUCUCAAACACCAAAACAAGUCCAGGGAGAGACUAGUGAGCAGAUGGAACUUAAGGCAUCUGCUAAGGAAGUGCUGUCGAAGGUCCAUUCUCUGGCUCGCGAUCCCCAGAGAAGAAUGUCCCUUGAUGCUGUUGAGGGCUUUUUGCAGAAUUUCAGAAGCUCUGUGUACAAUGAUUAUUCUAUGUCUGAUGUGAAGAGUAAAGGGAAAACUGGGAGAAAGAGGAAAUCUCAGGACCAAAUUCAAUCCGACCUCGGUUCCUCCAAAGUUAGAUCUCAGGGCAGGCCAAAGAAGAUUGUUGGGCCAGCAGUCGAUACUUCCAAACUCCACUCUGUUCCUAUCUUGUACAAUGAGAAGGGCCAAGCUCCAGCUGCCCUCCCAUCUCCUGGAACCAAACUGAAAAGGAAAAGAUCGAAGAAGACGAAAGAGUCAGAAUUGGAUACCCCUGAUGCGAAGAAAACAAAGAGUGAGUCCAAGCCAUUAAAUCAGAAGAAAGGUGAGACAGGAGCUAACCUUGUGGUGUCUUUUGGGCCUGGUUCUUCUCUGCCCACAAAGGAGGAUCUUAUCCGCAUAUUUCGGAAGUUUGGGUUGUUGAAUGAGGGCGAGACGAACAUGUACUACAACAACUUCUGUGGUAUUAUUGCCUUUGAGAAGACUUCUGAUGCUGAGUUGGCCCUGGACAGUUCUCGGAAGGCCAGCCCGUUUGGGUCUGCCAGUGUCAAAUUCGAAGUGAAGCCGCCAUCCCCUAAGAAGCCUAAGAAGGGUCUUUCGUCGCAGUCCAAGAAGCAGAAAAGGCCAGCAUCAGCUUCUGCUCCAAAAUCCGAGGCAUCCGAGGUUGAAGUGAUAAAGGAGAGGCUUCAGAUGGUGACCUCAAUGCUCGAUAAGUCGAAUGGUAAGCUGUCAAAGAAGAUGAGGGCACGACUCGAGGGCGAGCUGAAGGGCGUGCUGGAAAAGGUAAGUGCUGGUGGCGGGUCGUCUUCCUCUGCUUAGCUCUGUGCUAUAGGCUAAAGAAACUUUUGGGUCCGACAGACUAAAACUUCAGGAGUCGCUUACCAUGUUCAGUUUUAGUUAAGAUGUCUGUGUGUAGGGUACAGCCUCUCUAAACUACAGGGACAAGUGUGAUUUGUAGGUCAGAGCAAAACAAUUUAGUUAGGGAUAUAUGUUUGGCCGAGCAAAACAGGUAGUCGUUUUUUAUAUGAUGCUUUCAGGGGUACAGUGAUCAGUAGAUUUUGUUUUGCUCACUCGGUUCGGUGAAUUGCUGCCUGGAUUUCGUCUAGGUAAUCAGUCUCUUCGGUCUCCUUGUUAGUAUGUUAUGAGUUUUGAUGUUGCAGGAGAAACUUUAGUGCCGUCUGAAGUCCUUUUAUCAUCAUAUAGCCAUCGUCGAGUAAGCCCCCGUUUAAUCAAA